GACUCCUACUUCCUCGCACUUGUCUCUCGUCCACGGUGAGGUUACAGGGUUAUCCUAUACGAGACGUUAUUACGUUGAUCCGUUCUGGCCGUGUGCCCUAAGAAGUAGGAGAAACCUAGGGGAAAGAGUGAGGGAAAAGGAGAUCGUGUCCACGUUUUCAGCAAAAAGAGGGGUGUCGGGUGUUCAGUUGAACGGUGAACACGUUCCGCGAAGCUACCAGUUCUACUCUUUAUUUCGUUCUUGAUCCACGUGGUAUUCUCUUUGACGUACAAUCAGACGUUUUGGACUUGUGUUGAAUAAAAGAUAUAAAUAUAUCAACAUUUUCAGUAAACUGAUCAAAAUGUCCUUCAGAUCAGCAUGGGCACUGGUGAUCUUCAGUUUGGUCGUUCUUGUGCGACCAGGUUCAGCUUUGAAAUGUUGGGAUUGUGCUUCCAACAUGAAUGCUUUGUGCGCUGAUCCAAUGAACGUCACCGAACAUCAGGCUAUGUUUCAUGUGAAAACUUGCGAAGCUGGAUUUUAUGAAACAUCGAAACCCAUUUGUCGAAAAAUUGUGAAAAGAGAAAAUGGCGAACGGGUCGUGAUACGUCAGUGUUCGACCCCAAAUGUGGACGAAGCGGAUAUCCACGAUGGUCCUUGCAGCGCUAUGGCAAUUUCAAGCCGAAACGUAAUCGAAUCCUGCCACAUUUGCAGUACCGAUCUCUGCAAUUCCUCGACGAGUGCAUCAAUCAUGCAACCCCUUUUCAUGCUCGCAAUGGCUCUCAUUGGUUAUCGUUAUUUCCAAUCAAAACACGGCAUUGUUUAAAUAACUUUGAUAAUUCUAUCGUCAUAUCAAUUAAAUAAGAAUCAUUUUCUUAACAAGAAGAAAAAAAGUAUUUCAACUAUCGUAAGCGUGUACUUUCGUUCUCCUUGCCAGUUUAACGAAGUUAUUGUUUAUUAUUAUUAAUAUUUAAUCGCACCGUCUGCUUUAGAAACGCAACGUAUAUAAUUUUUGUAAUGGGAUAUUUUAUGAUAUAAUGAUUUUGCAUGAUUGGGACCCGGCUCGUUAGCGUUUUAUAGUUAGACACACCUUGUUAGUCGUGUUUUAAAUAGAUCGUUACCGUAGUCACCUCAAUGUACUAAAAAAGCUUUAGUUAAUUUAAUAGUUUAUUUAAUGAUCGAUCACAUUUAUUUUUGUAUAACAUAUGUAUAUAGACUUUGUGUGCUACGUGAUUGUAUAAUAAAAAUGAAAUUGUUAAUUUGAUCGAUUUCGUGAUUAAGAGGAAAAUAAAUCCGACGCUUUAAUUAGAAUUUCAUUAGAAUUUUAGAGCAAUUAACACACGCGUAUCUAAUGUAAUUGCACGCUGUUGUAGAUAAACCUUUUUCCUCUA